UUGAUUUUACUUUUCUCCCAACUUUUUUUUAAGACCAUCCAUCAAAAAAAAAAAAAAAAAACCAGAGACGGUCUUCUUCAGACCAAACGCAUAGGAGCACGAUGGAGAACUAUUUGGGAGAAACCAAACCGUCAAACGCAGCGGCGGGAAACCGCUGCGACGCCGCCGUCGCUAGGAGUUACAGCGCAAGUUUCUGCGACCAGACACAAACGCAGACGCAGAUGAAGAAAAGCAGGAGCGUUCGAAACGCGGCUCGAGCGGUCACGAGGAGCUGGAGCUUCAACGAUCCAGAAUUGCAGCGGAAAAGACGAGUCGCUGGCUAUAAGGUUUACUCCGUCGAACACAAGAUGAAACUCUCCUUUAAAAAAAGCUUCAAAUGGUUCAAACAUCUCAUCGGUGUUUGAUUAAUCGCGUUUAUCUUUCGCGUUCGCGUUUGCGUCUGCUGUCGGUUCCUGGGUCUGUCUUCUCUCUCAUAAUAAACUCAUGAGUGAGUCAUGAGUAAUAUAAUUUUGUUCUCGUGAAUAAUAAUAAUAAUAGUAAUGAAAAGAAAGUUAUGAAGAAUA